AUGUUCGCAGAGACUACGACGAGUGUAAGGCUGUCAUCAAAGAGCAGCUCCAGGAGUCUCAUGGGCUGUGUGAAUAUGCCGUCUAUGUUCAAGACAUGUUCCAUUCUGAACCCUCGAAGCGCUGACAACCUCAAGCAGGUGGCACGAUCGCUGUUUCUUUUGGGGAAGCACAAGGCAGCCAUUGAAGUGUACAACGAAGCAGCUAAACUCGAUGAAAAGGACUGGGAGAUCAGCCACAACCUGGGUGUGUGCUACAUGUACCUGAAACACUUCAACAAGGCACGAGACCAGCUAAACAAUGCCCUGGAGCUCAACAGACAUGAUCUGACUUACAUGAUGCUGGGGAAAAUUCACUUAUUGGAAGGGGAGAUGGAUAAAGCCAUUGAAGUCUACAAAAAAGCCGUAGAGUUUUCUCCAGAAAAUACAGACCUCCUUACAACACUGGGGUUACUUUACUUGCAGCUUGGGGAUUACCAGAAGGCUUUUGAACACCUUGGAAACGCACUUACUUACGACCCAGGCAACUACAAGGCUACCUUGGCAGCUGGCAGCAUGAUGCAGGCCCAUGGAGAUUUUGACGUUGCCCUCUCCAAAUACAGGGUGGUAGCCAGCACUGUGCCUGAAAGCCCCCCGCUGUGGAACAACAUUGGGAUGUGCUUCUUCGGGAAGAAGAAAUAUGUAGCAGCUAUCAGUUGCCUGAAGCGGGCAAACUACUUGGCUCCCUUUGACUGGAAGAUUCUGUACAAUUUGGGGUUAGUCCACCUCACGAUGCAGCAGUACGCUUCUGCUUUCCAUUUCCUCAGUGCUGCCAUCAACUUCCAGCCGAAGAUGGGAGAGCUGUAUAUGCUCCUUGCAGUUGCUCUGACAAACCUUGAAGACAUUGAGAAUGCAAAACGUUCCUAUGAGCAAGCUGUGGCACUGGACAAGUGCAACCCCCUCGUCAACCUGAACUACGCCGUCCUGCUUUAUAACCAGGGUGACAAGAAGGGAGCCCUCUGCCAGUACCAGGAGAUGGAGAAGAAGGUCAAUGCAGUGAAGGAGAGCAGUACUCUUGACUUUGACCCUGAGAUGGUGGAGGUUGCCCAGAAGAUGGGAGCUGCCCUGCAGGUCGGGGAGAGCCUGGUCUGGACUAAGUCUUCCAAAGAGUCUAAAUCCAAGCAGAGAGCUGCUCUGUCAGUGAAAUCCUCCAGCACUCAGCAGCCUUUGGGCUCUAACCAGGCGCUGGGUCAAGCCAUGUCCUCAGCUGCGGGGUAUGGGAAAACCAUGCACCUUCCCCCAGGCGCUGGAGCAUCGGCUCCGCUUGCAAAGCCUCCCUCACUGCCUCUGGAACCAGAACCGGGCUCAGAAAUGAGCCCCGAGGAGACGAAUGGCACCGAGGAACAGAGGAAAGAAAAGCGCAAGAGCCGGCAGGCAGCGGACUAG